UCUUCUUUGUGAUUUCCUCUGAUUGAUGUUCGGCGUUACCGCUGUCACACAUGUAAGUGGUAUAUUCUAAGACACGGCGUUAUUGUUCCGCGUUGUGGUGUGAAUGUACAGAGGAGAGGGAUACCUGUUGAUCGUUGCCAUCCGCACGCGCCCGCUGUUUCAAGUGUGUACCUAUCACCUGUCACCCACGAGUUUCAUCUGGGACAAGCUGAUUGACAAAGGGAUGUCGAUUCGGCCAGCUAUUUUCAAACACAACACAUCUCAACAUUUUCAUAUGAAGUGGGGGAGUCUUGGCAUAUGCCGCCAGAGCAUGAUGGCUUCCUCAGAUGACUGCGACAGUGGUCGUUGCUCCCCGGUUACGGCGAGUGAUGACUACCAGUUUGUCGACAGCAAGUCUACAAUCAAUGACAUCAAGGAAGCGGACUGCAUCUUGCACGUCCUUCAGGAUACAUAUGAUCCCCAGCGGCUGAAAGAGUCACUGAUAAGGCUACAGACACUCUUCAAAAAUGUGAGUGUGAAGAAGUUCUUGGAGGACAACCAGAUCCACCUUAGUGUGUUGGACGUCAUGAAGCACCUCAGUUCCUUCCCAGACAUACAGCAGAUUGGUCUUCAGCUGCUGUGUCAGUUCAUAGAUGAAAGCCUUGCCUUGGAGAAAAGUCUCAAGAAUGAACAUGUUCACAGACACGUAUUGAAGGUGCUGAAUGAGAACAUCUCCGAAAUCCCCAUCCAUCGGUGUGGGAUGAAGCUGUUGGCGUGUCUCUUUGAAUCAAGAUACAUCCGUGUUGACCUGACGUCCACCAACCUCCUGAACGACGUCAUCAGUUACCUUUUCCGUGCCAUCUCCAACUUCCAGGAAGAUGCUGAGAUUCAAGUCCAUGCCUUGACCUGCCUCCGCCAUAUUCUUCAAGAAGAUAAGUACUUGGCUGAGAUGUUCAUUCGUAAUUACGUGCCAGUCGUCAUGGAAACCCUGCACCUGAAUCAAGAUGUAUCAAGUGUGGUGUGCAAGACUUUGGAUGUAUUUUACACAAUAGCUCAGGACCAUCGCCUGUGUGACAUGCUGGAGGAGGACCUGAUCCACAUGAAGAUCAUGCCGUAUGUGAAGAUCGACAUCGGCAACGAGGACAUCCUGGAGGCCAGCCUCCAGCUGCUGCACCUGAUGUUCAAUGAUGCCAAAGUGGUGGCGUCGGCAGUGGAGACAGGGUUCAUCAAAGACUCCCUGGUUCCGGUGAUGCUGGGGAAGCCAGCCAAUGAGACCAUCCAGGUGUCGGGACUGCACAUGUUCAGCAUGUCAGCCAUGGCCUUGUUCGAGGACCACUCCACGAUGGACAUGGCCUUCCAGUGGCUGAAGGUCAUCUAUAUGGCCAUGUCCAAACUCAUGGACUGUCCAGCAGUUCAGGAAGCUGGUUGUCUGGCGCUGUGUGAGCUCUUGGCGUGUAAGUCAGAAGCCUACAUGUGGAUUGGAGAGAGCUCGGAACUCAAACAGGACCCCCUGCACACCCUGUGUCUGGGAGCCAUGUUGAUGGGGAGGAGGGAGCUGGCUGUCUUCACUGCAGCAUGUAACGCCUUCUAUCACCUUACUGCUGAUAAUGACGGACUGUGCAAGUGUCUGAUGGAGAAGAACGCCCACAUCGCUGUCCUGGAGGGUGUAGCUGCCCAUGUCACAGAUGCUGCUGCCAUGGCUGCCGCUUGUCGUGCAUUACGUGGACUCAGUAUCUUCCAUGAUGAGCACAAACAAGCCGUAUCAGAACAAGACAAGACACUCAUUUAUUUAACUGAAAUCCUCCGGACUUUUCAAAAUGACACAAAUGUUCAGAGUGAAGCAAUUAGCACUGUAGCUUGUUUAGCAGAUGUGGAUGUAUUUCGACAUCUUUGUUUUGUAAAAAAAAUCCACAAAAAAAUCCUUGUUGCCAUGGAAGUGUUUCCUGAUAAUGAAAUCCUCCAAGAGGCUGGCAUUGAAGCACUGGCAGUUCUGGGUGGAGCAGUGAACGGAGCUGAGAUCCUGAAUUCUAUGGAUGUCGUGCAGAAGGUGGUCCGCAGCCUCCAGAAAUACUCCAACAAUGACAAUAUCCAGAAGAAGGCGCUCAUCUUGGUUCAGAUCUUGGCGGACACCAAACUGGUGUCAUCCCUAGUGACGUGCGACAUGUUGGCGGACGCCAUCAGCAACGUUAUGGCAGGACACCCAAACAACAUCAGCAUCCAGAGAGAGGCUGUGGUUGCCAUGCACAUUCUGGCAGAGAAAAGCCAGCGUAUGAGUGAAGUCCUUGUCAACAAAGACUGUCAUGAAGUGCUAUUUUGCAUUCUCGAGAACUUUGAUGCUGACCAAGGUCUACAUGAUCUGGCCAGUGAGUGCCUGUAUGUCAUUGGCUGUGUCCAGAACUUCAAGUCAAGAAUGUUGCUGUGUGCUUGCAAAAAUGGCUUCCUAGCUGGUGUGGAAUGUCUGAUGGUGAUUGGAGCAGACGUCAACACAGGUCAAGGUCAAGGCACACCACUGUACCAUGCUGUUGAAAACGGAGAUGAGAAGAUGGUGCAGUAUCUCCUGCAGCAGUGCGUCACGGAUGUCCAGACUUCCCUCAAUCGGAGCCUUGCCAAUGAUCAACACAACAUCACAGGGAUGCUGUUGGCUCAUAUCGGACAAGACAAAGACGCUGGCACUGUAUUGUGGAAUGGUUUAGGCCUUGGUGACCUGCGACCUGAAUGGUUCAUGCCGUCACUUGCCAGAGCCAAAGAACGUUUGCUGCCAUCAGAGAAAUAUGUUGGAUUAAAGAAAAUGUCGGAUUAA